AUGUCUGCUCAUAGAUUACAAAAAUCAUUUCCUUCUCACCCUCUAAUUUCUCAAAAUAUUCAAAUUUCUCUAAAAUCAAGCGAAUUAAGAGAAGAGAAAGGAAACUCAAGAACUCCUUCACCAAGUUUUAAAAUGCCAACUGACCGUUCUAUCAAACGAUCUGAUGCGGAUAAAAUUUAUAAUUCAGCAGUUAUUAAAGCAAUGAUGCACUCAACAGAGCUAAAUUUGAUGAAUAUAAAUAGUCACAAAAGAUAUAAUCCAAAAGUAUUUAAUUUAUUAAUUUAUAAAAAUCUUAGAUAUCUUCCUUAAUACUGCUUUAUCAAGUCCUGCUAUCACAGAAAAUUUAUAUAAUAAUGGCAUAAAACUUCUGGACAACAAACCCAGUCUCCAAACAAAAAAACUGAAAAUUUAGUUAGAAAAUGAACUCAAAAUAGCUCAUGAGGGAACACAAAUUCAUCCCCCUUAAAGCACAGCAGAUCGACUCAUCCAAAAAAUUUUUUAGUCCUUCCAUCUGAAGAGCUAACUCAAAGGAAAUCAAAAUCUCCGUUAAAAUCAAUGAGAGCAUCAUUUGAGAGAUCAACUAAAAGAUCUUCUAGCAGAGAGCGAAGCCCUUAUUCAGUCAGAAUGCACAUAGACACGAAGAAAAUAUCAAAGCAAAGAUCUCAAAAAUCCCCCAGUCGAUCUCCUUCUCCUCAUUUGCAAGAUUCAGUCCCAAAACUUCAUAUAAGAUAUUUAACACAAAAGGUUUUGACUAAGCUAAUUCUAUUAAAUUUUUAACCGCUUUUAUUAAAAAAGCAUACUUUAAUUGCAUUUUUCAAUUUUAACCUUAGCUUUUUUAAAUAUCGAAAAAAAAUUAUUAGAAAAUUUUAAAAAAUCAAAAUACCCAUUUGGAUGAGCUAAAAAUAAGGUUCCCCGUGCAGGUGGCGAAUAAGCAAAAAUUAUUUAGAAUCUUUAUCUCCUAAUGCCAAAGAAAAUAGCUUAUUAUUUGAAAAAUAUCUAUUCCACAGCCACAAAAAUGCUGUAAAUUCAAUUGCUUCAGAUGAAGAAUAUAUAUAUAGUGGGUCUUCUGAUUACAAUAUUUGUAUAUGGCAUAAGCCAGUCAUAUCUAAUUCAAGAGUCCAUAAAGCGCCUAUUUUUUCAUGUCCUUAUCAGUCACUAAGGGCACACUCAAGGAGUAUUUUAGGGAUAUGUUUAUUAGAGAGAAAUACGUUAUCUUCUUGUAGCGCCGAUUCAAAUAUUAGAAUUUGACGAAUUUUUCCUGAGAUUUCUUUGAAAUCAAAAAUCAACGUACACACAGGCCCAGUUUAUUCAAUUAUUUCUCCGAGAUCCAAUAUGAUUGUUUCAUCAGGGGAAGACCAUAAUAUUUCUAUCGCAGAUUCAGAAACUUCUAGACAAAUUUUCGAAUAUAAUGAGCAUGAAAAGCCUGUAAAAACUUUGCUACUUAAUAACUCACAAACUUUUUGCAGUGGAGGAGUAGAUGGGUUAUAUUGAAUUUGGUUGAAUUUAAUGGGAAUUAUUAUAAAUAAUUAUAUAAAAAUUAAUAAUAUAAACAAUCAAAUGAGUUAUAAUUAAGCUCUGGGAUUUAAGACUUGCAAAGUCAAUUUCUACUAUUGAAGGGCAUAAUGAAGCUAUAAAUGCUUUAUGCAAGUGGGAAGAUGGGUCAAUUAUUAGUGGCUCAAGCGAUGGGAUUAUUAGAUAUUGAGACAUGAAAAAUUGGAAAAAUUGAAAAGAAAUAGACAAUGGAAGUGAGGUUACUGGCUUAGUUUAUGCUAAAGGGAAACUUAUAAGUGGAGGAAAGAAUAUAACUUCUUGAGGUCAAGUCAAUGAAAAAGUGGGAGAAAACGUGAAAUGCUUGCAAUACUGGGAAAAUAGUGAUAUGCUGCUAAGUGGGAAUAGAGAAGGAAACAUAGCAGGAUGGAAAUUUAUGGUUUAG